AAUGCCUCCAGCCUCGUUGCUAUCCAUGGCAUCAAUGGUCACCCGUUCAAGACAUGGACGCAUCAAAACGGCGACAACUGGCUGGAAUACCUCUUCUCGGAUUUGGCAGACACCCGAAUUAUGACGUUUGGAUAUAAUGCUCAGGUGUUCACAUCAAGCAAGGGUUGCGUGUCAGAUUUCGCAGAACAGCUGCUACAGCAUUUAACAAGCAUUAGGAGAUCAACGGAUAGCAUCGAGCGACCGAUAAUAUUUGUGUGUCAUAGUUUAGGCGGCCUUGUCGUCAAAAAGGGAAGCAACUCCAAAUUGAUGCAAUCAAUAUGCUAA